UCCUCCUGGAGUGGCACUCGCUGUCAUCUCUCGGUCUCCCGCGGGCUCGAUGGAGGACGAGGAUGAGGAAGCGAGGGCGCUGCUGCCAGGCGGCUCGGACGAGGCGGGCAGAGAAACCCGGGCUGCCCCCGCUGCCUCCGGGGCGCUGCAGGCCCUCUGCGACCCCAGUCGCCUAGCGCACCGGCUUGUGGUUCUAUUGCUGAUGUGCUUCCUUGGCUUCGGCAGCUACUUUUGCUAUGAUAAUCCUGCUGCCCUUCAGAUUCAAGUUAAACGGGAUAUGCAGGUGAAUACCACGAAAUUCAUGCUGCUGUAUGCCUGGUAUUCUUGGCCCAAUGUAGUUUUGUGUUUCUUUGGUGGCUUUUUGAUAGACCGAGUAUUUGGAAUACGAUGGGGCACCAUCAUUUUUAGUUGCUUUGUUUGCGUUGGGCAGGUUGUUUUUGCCCUGGGUGGAAUAUUUAAUGCUUUUUGGCUGAUGGAAUUGGGAAGGUUUGUAUUUGGGAUUGGUGGGGAGUCCUUAGCAGUUGCCCAGAAUACAUAUGCUGUGAGCUGGUUUAAAGGCAAAGAGUUAAACUUGGUGUUUGGACUCCAGCUUAGCAUGGCGAGAAUUGGAAGCACAGUAAACAUGAACCUCAUGGGAUGGCUGUAUUCUAAGGUUGAAGCUUCCUUGGGUUCUGCUGGUCACACAACCCUUGGGGUCACACUUAUGAUCGGGGGUAUAACAUGCAUUCUUUCACUUGUCUGUGCCUUGGCCCUUGCUUACUUGGAUCAGAGAGCGGAACGAAUCCUUCAUAAAGAACAAGGAAAAACAGGUGAAGUGAUCAAGUUAACUGACGUGAAGGACUUCUCCUUACCCCUGUGGCUUAUAUUUAUCAUCUGUGUCUGCUACUAUGUCGCCAUCUUCCCUUUCAUUGGACUUGGAAAAGUUUUCUUUACAGAGAAAUUUGGAUUUUCUUCCCAGGCAGCCAGUGCUAUUAACAGUAUCGUAUAUGUAAUAUCAGCUCCCAUGUCCCCAAUAUUUGGGCUUCUGGUGGAUAAAACAGGAAAGAACCUCAUCUGGGUUUUGUGUGCAGUGGUGACCACACUUGCUUCCCACAUCAUGCUGGCCUUCACACUGUGGAACCCCUGGAUUGCUAUGUGUCUCCUGGGACUCUCCUACUCAUUACUUGCCUGUGCCUUGUGGCCAAUGGUGGCGUUUGUAGUUCCUGAACAUCAACUGGGAACUGCAUAUGGCUUCAUGCAGUCCAUUCAGAAUCUUGGGUUGGCGGUCAUUUCCAUCAUUGCUGGAAUGAUCUUGGAUACUCGGGGAUACUUGUUUUUAGAAGUUUUCUUCAUUGCCUGUGUUUCCUUGUCACUUUUAUCUGUCGUCUUACUCUACAUGGUGAAUCGUGCCCAAGGUGGGAACCUAAAUUAUUCUGCAAAAAAAAGGGAAGAAAUGAAACUUUCUCAUGAAGAAUGAGAAGUUUAAAUGACUGUGUCAUGAGAAUGGGCUGCACACAUCAUUGCAUCUUCAGUUCAGUUCAGUCGCUCACUCGUGUCCGACUGUUUGCCAACCCCAUGAAUCGCAGCACGCCAGGACUCCCUGUCCAUCACCAACUCCCGGAGUUCACUCAGACUCACGUCCAUUGCGUCAGUGAUGCCAUCCAGCCAUCUCAUCCUCUGUCAUCCCCUUCUCAUCCUGCCCCCGAUCCUCCCAGCAUCAGAGUCUUCUCCAGUGAGUCAACUCUUCGCAUGAGGUGUCCAAAGUACUGGAGUUUCAGCUUCAGCAUCAUUCCCUCCAAAGAAAUCCCAGGGUUGAUCUCCUUCAGAAUGGACUGGUUGGAUCUCCUUGCGGUCCAAGGGACUCUCAAGAGUCUUCUCCAACAUCACAGUUCAAAAGCAUCAAUUCUUCAGCACUCAGCUUUCUUCACAGUCCAACUCUGACAUCCAUACAUGACCACUGGAAAAACCAUAGCCUUGACUAGACGGACCUUUGUUGGCAAAGUAAUGUCUCUGCUUUUGAAUAUGCUAUCUAGGUUGGUCAUAACUUUUCUUCCAAGGAGUAAGCGACAGCAUCUUAUGAUUCAAAGAGAUAUAGUAGUGAGGAA